GUUGUUGGGCCCUGAAUGAUCACUGAUGGACCAACCCCAUCUGACCAUUUCCACCCCCCCCAUCCCCUGGAAUCUUUGUCUCUCCCUCACCCAAACUGCAGGGACAAGGAACCCCUGACACAUGAAGGUGGGGUGCAGCCGGACUCGACAUCGUCCCCAGAAACUGCAGCUGAGACCCCAUCGAGAGAGACUCCAACAAAUGAACUGCAAGAGGGUGACAGAACACCUACCAAAGCAGUGGUGCAGAAGAAAACGUCUCAGGAGCUGGAUCCCAUGCAGACUCUCGAAUCUCCCAAGUCUUUAUACCGUGGCCCUCUGCGGAGGUUUCUCGGGAAGAGACAAGCUGAAAAAAAGUCUUCAAAGGAGCUGCCGCUGGAUGAGGUCUGUCCGAACCUGCUCCCCGACACAGUGAAGGGCUUUGGAGACAAAGUGGAGUUGGGUAAAUCUGCCACUUUCCCCAUGGCACAGUCCCCCCAGUACCUGUUCCCAGACACGGGCAAGGAGCACCCCAGCAAGGGGAAGAGAAGUCGCAGCAUUAAAAUCAGCAAUGCCACCAGCGCCUCAGAGCAGUGGGAGGCUCAGCUCGGCCACAAAAUUACUAACGCCAAUGAACUGAAGAGUCUGGAUGAGUUCCUCCUGAACAAGGUGAAUGACCUCAGUUCCCAGGAUUCGCAGGAAUCGAAAAUUGAAACUUUAUUCAUCACUGUCACCGAGAAAUUUCGACUGACCCUGAAAAGCAUGUAUCCUGUCCACAACGGCCAGACCCAUGUGAGCUACAAGGACCUGAUGAGGAAUUAUCAGCUCCUUCUGACCAAGAUGGUGGGUGAGAGGCAGAAAGCCGAGAUGCAGUUUGUCCUCAACCUCUUCCAAUCUCUGCUCGAUGAAUUUGCUCGAGGUUAUUCCAAGAAAGAGGAGAUGGAGGCGUUGAAGCAGCCAACAAAAACUCGGAAGAAGAGGCGGAAACGCAAUCAGAUUAAGGAGGAGCAUUUUGGGCAUUUGUUCCGGAGUUACCAGGUGAACAUUCGACAGUCAUGUGAGCAGUGUUCCUCCUAUAUCUGGCCCAUGGAGAAAGUGUUGCUCUGCUGCACUUGCAAAAUGACCUGUCACAAGAAGUGCCUCCUGAAGAUUCAGGCCCACUGCCAAUCAGGCUGUGACCAAAAGAAUGACCCUGAGGCGAUGUCUCGGCAUUUUGGUGUUGAGGUCUGCAGGCUGACAGUGAACCAGACGGUCCCCGUGGUCAUGGAAGUGCUGGUGGAAUACGUGGAAAUGAAUGGACUGUACACAGAGGGAAUUUACCGGAAAUCUGGUGCAGCAAACAAGAUGAAAGAGUUACGGCAGAAGCUGGAACAAGAUCCAACUUCGGUGGUUUUGGAGAAAUAUCACAUUCAUGCUAUUACUGGGGUACUUAAACAGUGGCUUCGUGAACUUCCAAUCCCCCUGAUGACCUUUGCUCUGUACGGUGAUUUUCUACGUGCUAUCGAGCACCCUGGGAGACAGGAACAGAUCCAAGCCGUUUACAGUGUCCUCAAUCAACUGCCCAGUCACAUUUACUGCACACUCGAACGACUCAUCUUCCACCUGGUCAAGGUGGCUGUACUAGAGGAGAUGAAUCGUAUGUCUCCCAAUGCACUGGCGAUUGUCUUUGCCCCAUGCAUUCUCCGUUCACCAGACAGCUCCGACCCACUAACCAGCAUGAAAGACGUCUCUAAGACAACAAUGUGUGUUGAGCUCCUGAUUACUGAGCAGAUGCGGAAAUACAAAAUCAAAAUGGACGGGAUUGCUCAACUGGAGACGGAGGAGCAAAUCGCAGUCCGACGCCUCUCGCUCCUACGUCUUUGGCCUCUUGAAGUUGGGUUCUCUGCUCCGUUCGAUGGGGUACUGAGCAAAGGACCCCUGAGUCCAAAACCCACUGAGGAGAAUCCCACAAAGUUGGGAAGCUUAGAUGAGGAAGAGCCUUCAGACACUGACAUGGAACAUGAAGAGGAGAUUCUGAUGGAGCGAAUCCAGUCGAUAAAGGAGGAGAGGGAUCAGUUGACACUUGAGCUCCCAGAGUUGGAACAGAGAGGUUCUGAUGAGGAAAACCUGGACUCUGAGGCUUCCCUCAGUAUGGAGAGUCUGCUCGAUGAUCGGCCGGGGCAAGGGGAGGCCGGAGAUACGGCUGUGUUCCAGUUCACAGGAAGACUCCGAGCUCCACCUCAGUCUGUGCCCAUGCUGCAGCCCGUUCCUGCCAAGCCUGAGCAUGGUCCUCCCCUGGGUAACCGUCCCUCCCUGCUAGUCCGUCCCUCUGUUGCCCAGCGGCGUGCGUUUUCCAUGCUGGCCAGCAUCAGGUUACCUCGACGUAAUGCCGCAUUGCCCACACGUAACAUCAAGCUGCCCCCGGGCAUGGUGAGCACCGUGUGCCAUGUCCCUGUGGACUCUGGGCAGCCGCAGCAGCUGGUCAGUGUGCGACGGCGCGAGCAGCCUUCCAGGCGAUUGGACAACAUUCACUCCGUCUACAUUGUCACGCAAGAGGGCCUCUCGCUCCAGACGUUGGCUCAGACUGAUGACACAAAUCCCAUUCCAGCAAAGGUCCAGCGCAGGUUUUCCGAUCCACUGUCAGACCUUGCUCAUGGGGACAAUGCCUCCAGCCUGUAACAUUCCCAUUAUCUCCAGGCGGCGGACUGGACAUUUCCUGGAUUUAUAAGCACAUCUCCCACUUAACCUCCCACUCAGUGCUCUGAUAAAGAGCCAAGAGUGAGUGAGCAACGAGACUGUAACUGGGAGUUUGAGCGAGAAUGAGUGAGUGCCUGGGCUGUGUGUGUAUGAACGAGUGUCCGAGGGAGAGAAUGUCCGCUCAGGCUGGGAGUUAGCUUGACUCGGAAAGUUGCGUACGAUUAUUUUACAGUAAAGCCCUCAGCUGAAUGGGGAACUAUCCGACAUAUAUGACUCUGGGAAGAAGGAGAAUCCUACCUUGUGAGGUGUGAAGGAGUUCCUGUCCUCUUCCCUGUGUAACCAUUUCCCCAACAAUUAAAUACUUUUUUUAUAUAUAAAUAAA